UACUGUGAAAGCAAGCAGAGCCGGACGCUGGUCAACCAGACUUCCGUACAGCAAUGGAUGGCAGAUCUGCUGCUGCUGCUUUGGUUCUCUACUUGGUCUUCAUGGUGGGGUCAGGAGGUAAGGCCCUGGCAAUGACAGAGGGGAAAAGCUUCCAGUGCCUGUGUGACAGCACUCAUUCCAAGUUCAUCCCCCCCAAGGCUAUCCAGAAUGUGAGAUUAAACCAAAGAGGACCUUGCUGCCAAAACGUGGAAAUUAUAGGUACGCUGAGAUCCGGCAGGCCAGUGUGCCUGGAACCCUCUGCUUCCUGGGUCGGGCUCACUGUGAGGGCUAUCUUGGCCAGGGCCAGAGGCAAUACUGAAUCACCCCUCAAAGAAAAGUCAAGGAAAAAUACACCUCGGAGUUUUUCAAGGAUAUGAAACGAGAAGAAACCAUUGAUGAUGAGAAUGUCAAGGAACAGACCCCCCCUUCUGCUACUUUACUACACUUGAUUAGUUGCUUGGUGGGCUUUUUUCCCCUGAUUCUACUUACUUCCUUUGCUGUUAUCUAUCUCUAAAAUGCUAUCUGCAAUGGA